AUGAAUUCACCAACAGCAGAGUGGAGUCUACUGCAUGACAGAAAGCAAGAAAUAUACACUCUGGCAUGGAGAGAUCUCGAUCUAUCUCAUUACGUCGUCGCUUCUGCUCAAUUUGGAGGUCCAAUUGCCAUGAUCCGCGACGACAAAAAGAUCAUGAACUUGAUUCAUCAAAGUUGGGAUAAGGGACGAAUCAUUGGCAUGGGCUGGACAAAUACUGAGAAACUCAUUUGUGUCCUUGAUUUCGGAUCAGUGCGAGUCUACGAUAUUCAAGGGGAACACAUUCAAUUCAGUUUGGGCCAGGACGCUAAAGAGUUUGGAGUAGUAGAGUGUCACAUAUGGGACUCUGGUCUCGUUGUACGAACAGGCAAUCAUAAACUCGUGGCUGUUCUAGAUUUGGAGGAGCCAAGGCCACGAAAUCUCGCUGAUAUAAAUUUGGACGGUCUUAAUUGCUGGACGGUGAUGCCACCUCAUCUCACUCUCAGCAGACAUUUGGAGGUCCUGCUCGCCAUCAAGACCACUAUCGUCAUCGUUGAUGUAUCAUCAGCUCAAGAUCAACUCCUACAACAAGGCCCAUUCCUUCGCAUAUCCGCAUCACCAAACGGAAAAUAUCUGGCAUUGUUCACUGCAGAUGGACGAUUGUGGGUCGUAUCCAGCGAUUUCCAAAAGUCUCUUGCGGAAUUCUCAACCAAUUCAAACGUACCACCUCUUCAAAUGACUUGGUGUGGAACGGAUUCAGUUGUACUUCAUUGGCCAGAUACGUUGCUUGUGGUUGGGCCAUUUGGUGACUGGAUCAAAUACACUUAUGAUGGAGUGGUUCAUAUGGUGACAGAGAUUGAUGGUGUUCGUAUCAUUACCUCGGACAAGUGUGAAUUCUUGCAGCGUGUACCAACUACCACUGAAGACGUAUUCAAAAUCGGAUCGACAAAACCUGGAGCAGUUCUAUUUGACGCUAUGGAGCACUUUGAGCGUCAAAGCCCAAAAGCAGAUGAGAGCAUACGAACCAUCAAAAUGGAGUUGACGGAAGCAGUCGACACAUGUAUAGAAGCAGCAGGUCAUGAACUCGUGCCGUCUCGGCAGAGGUCUUUACUCAAGGCUGCAUCAUUUGGAAAGUGCUUUCUGGAGCAUUACAACGCCGACAAGUUUGUAAAUAUGUGUCAUAUUAUUCGAGUGUUGAAUGCAGUCAGAGAUGAAGAUAUCGGUAUUCCUUUAACUUAUUCCCAAUACACCCGACUGACAUCCAAAGUGUUGGUCAGUCGACUUGUACAAAGGCAUCACCAUUUAUUAGCAUUACGCAUCUGUGAAUAUUUAAAGUUGGAUAAUGAUCGUGUGUUGACUCAUUGGGCUAGUGUCAAGGUGAAACAAACUGUAGCUGACGAUGAAAGUGUGUCGAGGGUGAUUGUCGACAAGUUGGGAGGUGACAAGUCGGGCAUAUCUUAUGCAGAAGUUGCCAAAGUUGCGUAUACUUCUGGACAUACGAGGCUGGCAACCAGGUUAUUGGAACAUGAACCUCAAGCAUCUAAUCAAGUACCUUUACUGCUUGGCAUGAAUGAAGAUGAAAUCGCUCUCAUCAAAGCAAUUGAGAGUGGUGACUCAGAUCUGGUGUACCUGGUGCUAUUCCGUAUGAAGAAAAGGCUACCGAUUGCAGACUUUUUCCGAAUUAUUAAUGGGAAACAGUUAGCCUGCAACUUGCUUGAGGCGUUCUGUAAACAGCAGGAUCGACAAUUGUUGAAGGACUUUUAUUAUCAGGAUGAUAGGAGGACUGAUAGUGCGAAUGUGGAUGCUACCGCUCGCACCAACGCUCUCAAGAUUGCUCACAAGCUGUAUCAAGAUGAUAAGGAUCACGCUUUGGAAGCUAAGGCGCUGGAAGAAGACAUCAAACUACUACAAACUCAAAUUCAACUUGAACGAGACACGAACCAUACAUUUGUUGGACUGACAGUGAGCGAGACUAUCUUCAAGACGCUCCUAUUGGGACAAGGCACACGAGGACAAAAGAUCAAGACUGAUUUCAAAGUGCCAGACAAGAGGUUUUGGUGGAUCAAGACAAAGGCACUAGUGCAGUUGAGGAAUAUGGAUGGUCUCGAAAAGUUCUCCAAGAGUGCACCAAAGUUUGGCUUGAUACCUGUAAUCGAUACACUCAUCAAAGCCAAUGAAUUUGAAGAAGCACGGAAAUGGGUGGAGAGUUUACUGAAGGCUGGAGGCACAGAAGCUCAGAGUCAUGGGCCACGGUAUCUUGAGAUAUUGCAGGCAGCUCAGAAACCUCUUACAGGAGGAGGAGGAGGAGUAUCAGCUGUUCCUCGAUGA